UAUCACAUCAGCGAGCUGCGUGCCCAUCUUUCCACCAGCAUUACUGCGCGAGCUCAAAGCCGUGUAUCUGCGUUCUGAUGACGCGAGCUGCAAGAAAUACACAUGACGGGAGGACGCGUUUCUUUUAGGACUCGAGCCGACUUCGGUAAAACAGUUGCCAACUGAACAUCAUUUUUAGUUUUACACUUCCAAGUUAUCAUUGCGGGAAACAGACACGCGAUCACCAUGAGCAGAAAAACGCGACGCUGGAUGUUUCGCGUUUUUCUUUGUCUUGGAAUAAUCUACUUGAAAAUUGGGGGUUUCUCAUCGGUAAUAGCGCUAGGAGCUAGCAUCAUAUGCAACAAGAUCCCCGGACUCGUACCCCGACAACGGAUCAUCUGCCAAAGUCGACCGGACGCAAUCAUUGUUAUCGGACAGGGAGCCAAAAUGGGGAUUAAUGAAUGCCAAUUUCAGUUCAGGAACGGUCGUUGGAACUGUUCUGCCCUUGGAGAGAGAACUGUCUUCGGAAAAGAGUUGAAAGUGGGCAGUAAAGAGGCUGCAUUCACCUAUGCCAUCAUUGCAGCGGGGGUGGCACAUGCUAUCACAGCGGCGUGCACACAGGGCAACCUGAGUGACUGCAGCUGUGACAAAGAGAAGCAAGGUUUCUAUGGACGCGCCGAUGGCUGGAAGUGGGGCGGCUGCUCAGCCGACGUCCACUACGGCCUGGGCUUCUCCAAGGUGUUCGUGGAUGCACGCGAGAUCAAGCAGAGUGCCAGAACGCUCAUGAACCUCCACAACAAUGAGGUGGGGCGGAAGGUCCUGGAGAGGAACAUGAGACUGGAGUGUAAGUGUCACGGCGUGUCGGGCUCCUGCACCACCAAGACCUGCUGGACCACAUUGCCCAAGUUUCGGGAGCUGGGCUACAUCCUGAAGGAGAAGUAUAGCCAGGCCGUGCUGGUGGAGCCCGUGAAGGCCAGCCGCAACAAACGCCCCACCUUCCUCAAGAUCAAGAAGCCCUUCUCCUAUCGCAAGCCCAUGGACACGGACCUGGUGUACAUCGACAAGUCCCCUAGCUAUUGCGAGCCGGAUGUGGUGACAGGCAGUGUGGGUACGCAUGGCCGUGUGUGCAACAAGACUGUGGCGCACCACCCGAGCAGCUGCGACCUGAUGUGCUGUGGGCGUGGCUAUGACACACACCAGUACUCGCGCGUGUGGCAGUGCAACUGCAAGUUCCUCUGGUGCUGCUACGUCAAGUGCAACACCUGCAGCGAGCGGACGGAGGUCUACACCUGCAAGUGAACUUGGCUUUGCUCUUGUGGUUUUAAAGAGUGAUCAUUGGACCCCCUCACCUUUGGGGGCUCCGCCCUGCUGUGGUGCGGGAGGGGUGGGGUGGUAAGUCUGCACCACGUUUUUUGUGGGUGGGAUGCUGAGUCUACUGAUGAACAUCUCAAAGCCCUGAUGUCAGACGUUUGCUGUUGUCUUUUUUGCACAUUGCCUCCUCAUGGAAUGUAUCCAUGAGUGUCAGGGCUGAACACUGGAGAAAGACUUUAAAAGCAGACCUUAAAAAUGACUAGAGGAUGGGGAGAAAAAUGACAUGGUCCUGGACUUGUAAGACUGAAUGAAGUGCAUCCAUUCAUAACCUCAGCUCCUCAUAGGGCCCUGCUUAUCUUAACAGGCCUGCGGCACACGUUGAGAAUGGGCGAGUCUGGAGCUGUCUGAAAUGCAUCUAAGCUACUAGACUUUCCCUUCCUCCAAGUUAGACUCAUAACGAUAGGUGUGUGCAACUUGUAAUGGCACAACUCAACGUUAGAGAUAACUGACGAUUCAUUUAGAGAAACAAUUUUAUUUAUUUAUUCAUCAUUCAGGUGCUACGAAGUAGUAGUAGUGCAGCCUUGCAUGUUUGUGAACGCAGAAUCAGUUCACACUGAAAUCAGAUUCACACUGAAAUCAGAUUCUCACUGGAACCUAAAAAUACAGCAGUGGAGGCAUGUAGUGAUAGUUCAUGUCUCUCUGUGUUUCCCUCUAUUUGCUGCUAGUUUGGAGAAUCACCAUUUGGUGAAGUGGUGGAAUAACUACUGACUACAAGCAUAAUUUUAAUUAGUAUAGUGAUAUAUCCAGACAUGGAAUUACGUUGAAAAUAAUUGGUAAAAGAGUAUAUUUUGUAAAAGAGUAUUUUUAUAUGAAUGACUUAUUUAUACUUUUUUCCUGUUUGUUGUGCACAGUUUGCAUUGCCUUUCAGUCUGGUUAUGCAGUAGUUAUGGAAUAUGGGUAACAUAAGCUGGCAGAUGGUAGUGACAUUAAAAUCAAGCAUGAUUAAUGAAUCACCUAAUUACACAUCAUUUGUGUGUAAUUUCUUUCUGUGUAUCUGUGUAUUGGUUUCCUGCUAAGAAGUGUAGUAUGAAAAGCUAAAAGCUAACACCACAAAUGCUGAUAUAAAUAUGUUACAAAUGG